AUGAAUCGUGCGAUUAUUAAACUUUUUUCAUCUUCAUCUCGUAUUCUACCAAGAAUUUAUGCAUCUACAACAACACCACCGACUACACCAACCGAACAUCAUGGUUCCGGAAAUGUUCAUCAUCAUGAUGAUCAUGGUCAUGAUCAUCACCAUCAUCAUCAUGAACCAGAAUUAAGAAAAACACAAGAAUGGCGUCAUCAUUCAGGAAUUCAAUCAAAAUACGAAAAUCAAGCAGAUGAUCCCAGUAUAGCUUUCACAGCAGAACGACCAAACUAUUAUGAUUAUCGUCCUGCUCUGGGACAAGUUCCUCUUUCUCUACCAUAUCGAACACAAAUAUCUCUUUAUGAACUAUGGCUUUAUCAUGCUGCGUUAGUCUUUUCUAUUUGGCUUUGGUUGUAUGUUUCAUGGCGUUUUCUUAAAGAACCAAAUUGGUUUUUUGGUCAUGCUCAUUAUCCUGAUAUGUCAAAAUUUACUGAUGAAGAAUUGGGUAUUCCACCAGAUGAUCUUGAUUAA